AUGCAGGUGGCGCCUGUCAACAUAAUAGUAGGUUCCCAUGUAUGGGUAGAAGACCCACAGUUAGCCUGGAUUGAUGGAGAAGUUAUUAAAAUUGUGGGACAAAAUGCUGAAGUUCAGACUACUGCUGGAAAGAAGGUGUCUGUUAAUUUGGAAAAUGUGUACCCAAAGGAUACAGAAGCACCUCCGGCUGGAGUUGAUGAUAUGACAAAACUCUCCUAUUUACAUGAGCCAGGAGUCCUGCAAAAUUUAAAAACUAGAUAUGAACUGAAUGAAAUAUAUACAUAUACAGGAAAUAUAUUGAUUGCCAUCAAUCCAUUUACAAGAUUACCUCAUUUAUAUGAUACACAUAUGAUGCAACAAUACAAGGGAGCAACAUUUGGAGAGCUAAAUCCUCACGUUUUUGCAGUGGCAGAUGCUGCUUACAGGGCUAUGAUUAAUGAGGGAAAAAGCAACUCCAUUCUAGUCAGUGGAGAAAGUGGUGCUGGUAAAACAGAAACCACAAAAAUGCUCAUGCGUUAUUUAGCAUUCAUGGGUGGUCGAGCUGCAUUGGAAGGAAGGACAGUUGAGCAGCAAGUUCUAGAAUCGAACCCUGUUCUUGAAGCAUUUGGUAAUGCCAAAACGGUCAGAAAUAACAAUUCCAGUCGCUUUGGGAAAUUUGUGGAGCUUCAGUUUGACAGAAACGGAAGGAUUUCAGGAGCUGCUAUAAGGACAUACCUUCUUGAAAGGUCCCGAGUUUGUCAAGUAUCAGAUCCAGAGAGAAAUUAUCAUUGUUUCUACCUACUUUGUGCUGCUCCACCUCAGGAUAUUGAAAAAUACAAGCUGAGUGACCCAAGAUCCUUUCACUAUCUCAAUCAAACCAAUUGUUUCAAGCUGGAUGGUGUUAGUGAUGCUGAGGAGUAUCUUGCAACUAGAAGGGCAAUGGAUGUUGUGGGUAUUGGUCCAGAAGAACAGGAUGCAAUUUUUAGAGUUGUGGCUGCUAUCUUGCAUUUGGGUAACAUUAAUUUCACUAAGGGGAAGGAGAUAGAUUCUUCAAAACCUAAAGAUGACCAAUCACUUUUCCAUCUGAAAAUGGCAGCUGAACUUCUCAUGUGUGAUGCCGAAGGUUUGGAGCAUGCUCUUUGCAAACGUGCCAUGGUGACACGUGAGGAAACAAUCAUCAUGUCUCUUGAUCCAGUAGCUGCGACAACCAACCGGGAUGCCCUAGCAAAAACAAUAUACUCAAGGUUAUUUGACUGGAUUGUGGAGAAAAUUAACAGUUCAAUAGGACAGGAUCCCAACUCAAAGACAUUGAUUGGAGUACUUGAUAUAUAUGGUUUUGAAAGCUUUAAACACAACAGUUUUGAGCAGUUCUGCAUCAAUCUUACAAAUGAGAAGUUGCAACAGCAUUUCAAUCAGCACGUUUUUAAAAUGGAGCAAGAAGAGUACACGAGAGAAGAAAUUAAUUGGAGUUACAUUGAAUUUGUUGAUAAUCAAGACGUAUUGGACCUAAUUGAGAAGAAACCUGGAGGAAUCAUUGCUCUAUUAGAUGAAGCUUGUAUGUUUCCAAAAUCAACACAUGAAACUUUUGCACAAAAGCUUUACACAACAUUUGUGAAAAACAAGCGUUUCAGCAAGCCAAAACUUUCUCGAACUGACUUCACUAUUGUUCAUUAUGCUGGUGACGUUACAUAUCAGGCAGAUCAAUUCCUUGAUAAGAACAAGGAUUAUGUAGUAGCAGAACAUCAAGACCUGUUGAAUGCUUCAAAAUGUUCUUUUGUUGCAGGUCUUUUUCCUCCUCUCCCAGAGGAGUCUUCAAAGUCUUCAAAGUUUUCUUCCAUUGGCACACGAUUUAAGCAACAAUUGCAGUCUCUAAUGGAGACAUUGAGCUUAACAGAACCUCACUAUAUAAGAUGUGUAAAGCCAAAUAAUCUUCUCAAGCCUGCCAUUUUUGAGAAUCAAAAUGUUUUACAACAGCUCAGAUGUGGAGGUGUCCUUGAAGCCAUCAGGAUCAGUUGUGCUGGCUAUCCUACCAGACGAACAUUUUUUGAAUUCCUCAAUCGUUUUGGUCUUCUUGCUCCAGAAGUUUUGGAGGGAAAUUAUGAUGAGAAGACUGCAUGUGAAAAGAUUUUGGACAAGAAAGGUCUUAAAGGAUAUCAGGUGGGAAAGACAAAGGUCUUCCUUAGAGCUGGACAAAUGGCUGAAUUGGAUGCCCGAAGAGCUGAGGUUCUAGGACAUGCAGCAAGAGUUAUCCAGCGCCAAAUCCGGACAUACAUUGCUCGAAAAGAAUUUCUUGCCUUGCGCAAGGCUGCUAUUAAUGUGCAGACUCUAUGGAGAGGCAAAUUAGCAUGCAAACUUUAUGAGCAGAUGAGGAGAGAAGCUGCUGCAGUUAGAAUACAAAAAAAUAUGCGUGGACAUCAUGCUAGGAAAGCAUACACUCAAUUGCGGUUGUCAGCAAUUGUUGUUCAAGCAGGAUUACGUGCAAUGGCUGCUCGCAAUGAAUUUCGAUUUAGGAGACAAACAAAAGCUGCGAUUAUUAUUCAGGCUCAAUGGCGCAAGUAUAGAGCUAAUUCUUAUUACAAGAGUCUGAAAAAGGCAGCACUUGUUUACCAAUGUGCUUGGAGAUCAAGGGUUGCAAGGAGGGAGCUCAGAAAACUAAAGAUGGCUGCCAGGGAGACUGGGGCAUUGAAAGAAGCCAAGGACAAGUUGGAGAAACGUGUUGAGGAACUUUCAUGGCGUUUGCAAUUGGAAAAACGUUUGAGAACGGAUUUAGAAGAAUCAAAGGCACAAGAUAUUGCAAAACUGCAAGCCUCUUUACAUGCAUUGCAAGCUCAAGUAGAUGAAGCCAAUGCCAUGCUGGUAAAGGAACGUGAGGCAGCAAGGAAGGCUAUAGAAGAGGCGCCACCUGUGAUUAAGGAGACUCCUGUGCUUGUAGAGGAUACUGCCAAGGUUGACCUGCUAACAAAAGAGAACGAGGAACUAAAGGCUUUACUAAAAUCACAAGAGAAUAGAGCAGAUGAGGUUGAGAGGAAGUAUUCAGAAGCCCAAAAAGUGAGUGAGGAAAGGCUUAAGAGGGCUGAGGAAGCAGAGUCAAAAUUAGAUCAACUUCAGGAGAAUCUACAAAGGCUUGAAGAAAAGAGCUCGAACUUGGAAUCUGAGAAUCAAGUUCUUCGGCAGCAGGCCUUAGUCAUGUCACCAACAAGAGGUCUUUCAGGGCGGUACAAGACUCCUGUUAUUCUGAGGACUCCAGAGAAUGGCCAUUUGCUAAAUGGUGAAGUUAAACCUGCAGGAACUCCUAUGUCUGCCUUGAAAGAACUCACUGAUGGAGAGCAGAGGCCACAGAAGACUCUCACUGACAGGCAGCAAGAAAAUCAAGAUGCAUUGAUCAAGUGUAUCUCAGAAGAUAUUGGCUUUAGUAAUGGAAAACCUGUAGCUGCAUGUAUCAUCUAUAAGUCACUUCUUCAAUGGCGUUCUUUUGAAGUUGAAAGAACAAGUGUUUUUGACCGUAUUAUUCAAACGAUUGGUUCAGCAAUUGAGACUCAGGAGAGCAAUGAUGUUUUGGCUUAUUGGUUAUCAAAUGCAUCUACUUUACUCUUGUUCCUACAACGUACGCUAAAAGCAAGUGGUGCAGCUGGCAUGACCCCUCAACGCCGCAGAUCAUCUUCAUCUGGUUUAUUUGGAAGGAUGGCUAGUGGAUUCCGAACAAGUCCAUCGAGCACGGGUCUCUCAUUGGGCAACGGUGUUACUAUUGGUGGUUUAGAUGCUUCGCGGCAAGUAGAGGCAAAAUAUCCAGCUUUGCUUUUUAAGCAACAACUUACAGCCUAUGUAGAAAAAAUUUAUGGAAUGAUCCGUGAUAAUCUGAAGAAGGAAAUUUCGCCCUUGCUUGGAUUAUGCAUUCAGGCACCAAGAACAUCUAGAGCAGGUUUGAUUAAAGGGUCUUCUAGGUCUCAUGCCAAUGCAGUAGCACAGCAAACAUUGAUUGGUCACUGGCAAAGCAUUGUGAAGAGCCUGAACAACUUUCGGAAAACAUUAUGUGCCAAUUAUGUGCCUUCCUUUUUGAUACGUAAGGUAUUCACACAGAUAUUUUCAUUCAUCAAUGUACAACUUUUCAACAGCCUUCUCCUGCGACGUGAGUGCUGCUCAUUUAGCAAUGGGGAAUAUGUUAAGGCAGGGCUAGCUGAGUUAGAGCAUUGGUGCUACGAAGCAACAGAAGAGUAUGUAGGUUCAGCCUGGGACGAACUCAAACAUAUCAGGCAAGCGGUUGGGUUCCUGGUCAUACAUCAAAAGCCAAAGAAAUCCUUGGAUGAAAUCACUCAUGAUCUAUGCCCAGUUUUGAGCAUACAACAACUCUACAGAAUCAGCACCAUGUAUUGGGAUGAUAAAUAUGGAACACAUAGUGUGUCGUCUGAUGUUAUUAACAACAUGAGGGUAUUGAUGACAGAAGAUUCCAACAAUGCUAUGAGUAAUUCUUUCUUGUUGGACGAUGACUCAAGCAUACCUUUCUCAGUGGAUGAUAUAUCGAAGUCAUUGAACCAGAUGGAUUUGUCAGACAUUGAACCUCCUCCUCUUAUUCGUGAGAAUUCAGGGUUCAGCUUUUUGCUGCCACGUGUUGAUUGAUAUUUAUUGGAGGCAGAGUUCUAGAUUUUUGGGGAUUCAUUUGCUACCCUGACAAUUGGCACCAAAUAUUUGUGAAUAGAAGCAUGCCUACUGGUUGUAUUUGUAUUUUAUUUUUUGAGUUCAAAAGUGCCCCACAGUCUAUCCAAAAAGAGUUUGCAACAACAGCCCAUUUGUUUUUUUCUUUUGAGAAAAUAUGAUUCUUUUGCCCUAGAUUUUUUUAUUUGGAUUUUCUCUUUAGUUUUUCCCAUGAAGGAAUAUUUGCUUUGUUUUGAGGGGCAGAUUAUAGGAGGUUCUGUAAUCACUUUACAGAAUCAUUUUUCUUCUGCCCAGUAUUUACUUCCCAAGAAUUAGUAUUCCUUGUCCAUAAAGAGUCCCACAAGUUUGGCAAGCUUGAAGCAAAAUUAUUGCUUCCGCUCAAGCACAGCUUGUAUUGUAAUGUAUUCUAGAUAGUAUAUUAGUCUCUAGUAUGAAUUCUUUAUUGGUUUUGAGGCUAUAGUGACAUCUAAGGCUUUCUGAUUAGAUAGGAUUUGAGUCCCAGAAUUGUAUUCAGUUUAGGUAUUUAUGUGCAAGUCAUCUCAAACCUUCUGUUGGAAUAUUGUAAUUUUUCUUUACUUCUAGUAAAGAAUAUGAAAGAAGGCACUGUUGCUUUCUAUAUUGUACAUAAUGAAGAUUGACUCAGUAAUUUGUAUCUGGAGAUAUCUUUCGUUUA